AUGAGAUUUUUUCUAGAGGGUAAGAAAAAGACCAUACAGGAAAAACUUGAACGGUCUCAUGUGACGCUUGCCCACAAGAGAAGCCAUGGCGUAGCAGCUGUAGCCAGCUAUGGUCAGCACUUGAACAGAGAGGUACCCGUAGAGCUCACGGAGCUCAUCUACAACGACAAGAUGGCAACUCUAACUGCCAAUGUCGGAUGUGUGGACGGAGAGACGGUAGUCUCCAAGAACGAAUGGCCACAUGUUACGUUGUGGACUGGAGAAGGCGUAACUGCGAAAGAGGCCAACACGUUACCUCAGCUUUACUUAGAAGGGAAGGCGAGCCGCUUAGUGAUAGAUCCUCCGGUGCUCUCGCUUGAGGUUGCUCGUGGAAUGGGACACUUAUGA